AUGCUGGAACUGACAGAGCGACAAACUGCAAGCUACAUAAAAGAGAAAAUAAAUUAUAUUCUCCUAGAGUACAAUAUCACUUUCGAACAAGUACUCACUGUGACUUGCGACAACAGAGCAAACAUGCUCGCAGCUGUUAGGCAGCUUGAUGAGUAUGUAGAAACUCUUAAAAAUGAAAAUUACAUACUGGAGGAUGAUGACGGCGAUGGCGAUGAGGAUGAUGACGGCGAUGACGAUGAGGAUGAUGACGGCGAUGACGAUGAGGAUGAUGAAGAGAUGUUCAAUGACAUCGGGAAUUUAGCCCCAAAUAUAAGCUUAGUGCGGUGCUCAGUACAUACUUUACAGUUAGCCGUUACUGACGUAAUCAAGCACUCAGACAUUCGUAUUCGAGGUAUCACUUCUGUGGCUAAAAGCUGUAGGAAAGCAUCCUACAAACCGUCGUUUGACCUGGGCAAGGUUCCUCUUCCACCGUUAUAUGCAAAAACACGCUGGGGAGGCAUUUACGAGAUGAUUCUGAAUUUUUAAAAUAACGAGAAUUUCUAUAGAGAUUUAGGCAAAAAGUUUAAGGAGUUAGAUUUGUCGAAGUACUGGGACUAUAUACAUGACUACAAAAACGCACUGCAUCCGAUUUAUGUUUGUACCAAAGAAAUGCAGGCAAAACACAUGCCAUUAUCUGAGUUUUACGUUCGAUGGCUUCGAUGUAUGAUGGAGGUAGAUCAGCAGCCUACAAAUGAACUAGCUGAGUCCUUGGCAGCAUCAUUGAACGUUCGACUUCAGCAACUUCAGCAAAAUUUACCUUUUAAAGCAGCUGUUCUAAUCGACCCAAGACUGAAUUAUUUAUCCUCGUCUGUCCUCUCACCGGAAGAGAAACAAGAAGCUAGGAAAUUUCUUACAGAUAUUCAUGAAAGACUCAAAUCACUGAAGCCACAUUCAUCACAGGAAGCCAGUGCGAUCGUAUCACCAUCCACUUCAAGUUUGGAUGACUACAUGACCAAAAUAUUUGGAGGAGCUCUACCUUUUAGUUCACAAUCCACUUCAGAAAACAGUCUUGCUAAGCAAAUCGUGUCACUGGAUUUAGAACCACAUCAAAACCAUAAAUACGACAUUUGGAAACACUGGACAGAUCGGAAAGUGUCAAACCCAGAGCUUGCGGAAGCGGCUCUAUGUGUUCUUUCAGUGCCUGCAACUCAGGUGUCCGUGGAAAGGGGAUUUAGCGGUCUAGCGCUCGUUUUAUCGGAAGCACGAACCAAACUGUCAGUAGAAAAUUUGUCAAACAUUCUGAUUAUUAAACUGAACGAGGAGCUGCUGGAUUUAGUUAUGCCAAAAAUGUACGACUGGAAGGAGUACAGAGCUUAA